AUGGCUUCUGAUCUCAUGGACAAGCUCAAGGAGACGCUCCAGCCCACGGGCGAGGAGUCUCACGGGGUGCACUUUGGAGAAAGCCAGCAAACCGAGCAACGAGAGUCUGUUCCUAGCAAUACCCGUACUGAGAAUCUCGAGUCGACGCGGGUUGAACAAACGCAACAGACUGAAGGUGUUAGAACGGGAGACGAGAUCCAGUCGCUUGUUGAGAACGUGCCUGGUGUCCCAUCUACCCAAGCAAAGCCAGAAAGAACUGAAACUCGCCGAGAAGAAAUCCACCAGGCCUCUCGAGACCCAUGUGACGCGGCCCAGGCCCCCCCCUCGGCCCUGAGGCAGCACGUCGGCGACCCAAGCAUCGAGCACGACUACCCCGAGGACAGCACAACGCGACGGCACUCUUCCGUGAGCCACCAGGAGGCGCACUACAACCUGGGGUGA